UAAUCCUCCUUUCACCUUAUCACUCUUUUCUUAUUGAAGAGAUGGUGGCCUGUCCUGUAGUCUCCUCUGGAUCUUGCUGACCAUGUCAUGGUGUAUAGGCCUCUGUCCCCUGUAAAAUAUGCUUUAAGUUCAUAUUUAGAGCCAGAGAUUUGAUCAGACUCAAGAUUGUUUGGGCAAGAAUUUAAGUGCUUUGGGGUUUUUUGACCAGGAAGCACAUAAUGUGAUGCUUGUAGCUGCAGAUUAGCGCCCUGAUAUGUGAGUUCCUCCGGGGUCCUCCUUCAUUAGCGGGGCUGCUCCUAUGUAAAGAGAAACACACCAGCUGCUCUGACCUUAGCACAGGAAAGACAGGGUAAGUACUUGAUUCUUUGAUUUUAUUUGCCAGUUGGUUCCCUAGCAACCUCCAAAGGUAAGUGCUGAUGUUUUUUAUGUCCCUAUGAAUUACGUAUUUAAACAUCGUUGAUAUGCUGAAUCUGUUGCAAUUAUUCUUCUCAUUAGUGACCUGCAGAGUUGAGAAUUUUUGUGAUAUUUGGUCAGUUAUGAAUGAUGAAGGCCAGUAAGGAAGGCACAAUUGCCACAGUAAGAUUUAUCCUCUGCCGUUACGUUAGACCCGAGGGUCCAAACUUUCUCAGGCACUGCACCCUCUGUUAAGUUUCAGCAAUUAUUUUAAGGCAGCUCAAGGUCAAAAGUCUCCAUUUAUUAAAUAGGUAAGUCCAAAGUAUUUGUCCUAGCAACUUAGUAGAUACUCGAAAAAUAAGCAUAAAUUGAGAAAAAAGUUUUUUCCAUCCCUAACACAGCCACUAGCUGGUGGGAUGCACAACCCGCUGGGCCUGAGACUUCUCCCGCCGGGGAGCCAGAUCGGGUGCCAGUUUUCUCACAGGAAAUGCUUUUUGAACAACUGUCAGAAACCCAGCUCUGCAGAUGACAUGGAAAGGAACGUCAGGAGAUGUAGGGUGGAAACGGACCUGCCUCAAGCUAGAGUUCUGUGCAGUACAUCAAGUAUCGCAAAGGCUCCCUCCAAAUUAAAAACAUCCGACAGCACCCUGUGAGCUGACUGCGUGCCCGGGUACCGCAGCGCACGGUCUGGGAGUCCCCGCUGUCCGCCUUCUACUGCCCCCCGUCGGCGAGGCUUGCGGGGUGUCUCCGCGUGGACGUUGGAGGGCAGCGGGUUGCUGCUUUGGCUCUCGUGGCUGUGGGGAGCUCAGUUUGCACACUGUGGCACAUCCUCUGGUGGGCACAGACUGUCCAGACACGCGCUGUCCGUCCUGGGGCCCUCUGUCCCUGGCCCCGUGCUCACAGCAGCAGCACGAGACCUGGCUCCAGCUUCGGUGACCGUUGUCCUCUCCUCACCCCCCAUCCUCCUUCAGUACAGGUUCAGCUUAACAGAGCGAGGCUGGGAAGGCCUCGUGGUUGGUUUAAAAAUAGCUUCCCCCAUCAAAGGAAGUGGCCAGUGUUCCUGGCUUUAGCCACUGCCUGUCAGUGGCCGGUCCUCUGUUGAUGUGACUCUGAGAAGUGCCACGGGCUGAGCUUCCUGCCCCCUCCCCCUGCCCCCAGCACCCACUGUGGGUCCCUGGGCAGUGCUGGGGCUCCCCACCCGGUGCCAGGCCUCCCAGCCACUUGGCACAAAACGCUAACUUAUACACAUCUGUGACCUCUGUGCCAUCUUGAACAAGUUAUCUUACUUGAGACACGUGGCAAACCACCACUUGAACUAGAAUGUAUUCCUCCACUGGGAAAGUGUUUUAUUUGGCAGAAAUGAUGAAGAGAUGAUGAGGUAACGUAGCUGAGCAUAUGACACCUACCUUCUCCUUUUCUCCUCAGUCCAUGUGGGGGUCACUCCCACCCCCUCUGCUGGUGCUGGCUUGGCCCAGUUGCUAAAGCCAGUAAAACAUGGGCAGGGGUGACAGUGUGCAGACGCCCAGCCCGGCUGCAAGAGCCAGCGAGCGUUUCCACCCCUCCCUACCCCAACCCCCCUUGGGAGCUUGCGCCUGUGAGGAGAGCCUGAGACCCCUGGAGCCAGCCCAGCCCACCCGCAGAGCCGUGAGCCUGAGGGGAAAGGUUUAUUGCACACUGAGUUCGGGGUUGGCUUGUUACCCAGCGAUGGCUGACAGGUACAGAUGGAAAAAGGUCCAUGAGCGAUGGGAAUCAGUCUCAGAUGGUUCUGGUCUCAGGGAUACUGUGUUUUUAAGGAACUGUGAAAUGGUUGUUGUGUGGAAUGUUUUAUCAAUUGACCCUUAAACCUAAAGGGAAGGCAGAGGUCUGAUCAACAUCCCAUAACGGAAGAUAAUGAGGUGCAAAAUGGUUAAAGGCACCCAGGCAGGCGCUUCCCUGGCGUGCUGCCCCCCACCCCCACCCCGGGGAUCCCUCCCAGGGCCCGGAGCUGGUGCUGGCGAGGCCUGAAUUAGGCCCUUUCCUGUCCUGGAGAGAGGAGAGCAGGGCUGUGCCGCAGUCGGGAGGGGCGCAGACAGGGACUGGAGGGGCCAGGGCACCGCGGUGUGGCUGCUGUGUGGCCCCUGCGUCUGGGCGGAAGCUGGACGAGACAGUCGCUGUGGAGGGACAGCUUUGUCCAGAGAUGCAGGGCACGGAGCUGAGGGCCCAGCCCCCCGCAGGGACCACCCCGGGGUCCUGCUCGGUGUCGGGGUCUUGAUUUUACCUGCUUGAGGCAGCCCCGGCCUCGGGAGUUGAGAACAGGGAAGCAGGGGCCUCUGAAGAGGGCUGGGCGGGGCUGCCGGCAGCCCGAGACCCCACAGGAGCCCCCCAGGCAGACCCGGCAGCGUGUUCUCGUCACUGGCGGUGUCCGGGCUGGCUCCUCGCCGUCCCAGCCGCCAGUGCCGCGGACUCCUACGCUGCCUCCCGCCGCUCCCCGCACCGUGCGAGGCGAGACCCCCCCACAGUGCUCUUUUGGAGAGCCCCUUGCAUGGUGUAGGGGGUUGAGUGGUGGUCACCCCAAAUCCACCCACGUCCUCGCCCCCCAGAACCUGUGAAUGUUACUUGAUGUGGCAAAAAAGGACUCCAUGGAUGUGAUUAAAUGAAGGGCCUGGGGAUGGGGGGUGGGCCCUAAGUGCAGCCCCCGGGCCUGUGAGAGAGGAGGGGGCAGAGGCUGGACGAGGCGACCAGUGGCCCCGGGACACGGACGUGGGACUUGUGACCGGCAGGUCUGACGAAGAAAAGGUUUGUUUUCAGCCGCCCAGCGUGGCACUUUGCUACGGCAGAGACGCCUGCGGUGGAAGGUCGACUCACGGCCUGGUGUGGGCCUUCCCGGGACCUGGCCGCUCGGUCAGCCCGGGCUGGACUAUGUCUCCUCUGGUCACCUCCAGAAGCCCCCUCUGCCUUGCCCAGAGCUCGAGGUGGGCUUCAGCCGCCCUCUGGUGCCUGCCCAGAGCCCCCCAGGCCUCCUCCCUGAGCUGCCCGCUGCACUCGUGCACAGCUGAGUGUGAGGAGGGUCCCGGGUGGCCAAGGGGCCCCGGAACAGCCUGGGUGCCCGGCUCUGGCUUCUGGCUCCACGGCCACCUGGCAGGACCCGUGAGUGGGCGGCACAGGUGAAGGGCAGAGCCUUUGCUGCUUUGAGGCGUGUAGAAACCAAGAGCACAUGGGGUCAUCAGGUGAUGUUUUCUCAGCAGCCCCCCCCCCCGUGUGGGAGGUGCUCAGGUAGUGCCAGGGCUGCGCACCCUCAAGGUGAGGCAGGUGCCCACGUGCCUGCCCGGGAAAGGUCACAGGUGCCCUUCAAAAGCGCCAGGGCUGCGCCCUCAAGGUGAGGCAGGUGCCCACGUGCCUGCCCAGGAUAGGUCACAGCUGCCCUUUAAAAGCCUGGUGGGAGAAACGCCCUGAGCGGGAGUUGGUGCUGAGGCCGCGUCUCCACGGGCCGCCCUCCCUUUUCCUCUUCCCGGAGCAGCAGUGGGAGGGUCUGAGGUGCAGGAGCCCCCAGCGCAGGUUCCUGGCCAAGCCACCAUCACUGCUGAGGAAGCCGGGUCGGGAUGAGGGGCGUGAGGCUGACGGGGGUGCUGCUUGCCCUGGCCGGCCUGCUGCAGGCAGCACUGUGCCUGCGAAUAGCGGCCUUCAACAUCCAGACUUUCGGGGAGACCAAGAUGUCCAACGCCACCCUCUCCACCUACAUUGUGCAGAUCCUGAGUCGCUACGACAUCGCCCUUGUCCAGGAGGUCCGGGACAAAUACCUGGUGGCAGUGGGGAAGCUGCUGGAUGAACUCAAUCGGGAUGCCCCAAACACCUAUCAGUUCGUGGUCAGUGAGCCGCUAGGCCGCAACAGCUACACGGAGCGCUACCUCUUCGUGUACAGACCCGACCAGGUGACUGUCCUGGACAGCUACAACUACGACGAUGGCUGUGAGCCCUGCGGGACCGACACCUUCAGCCGCGAGCCAGCCAUUGUCAAGUUCUCCUCCCCGUUCACGCAGGUCAGGGAGUUUGUCAUCGUGCCCCUGCAUGCAGCCCCGACAGACGCGGUGGCCGAGAUCGAUGCUCUCUAUGAUGUCUACCUGGACGUGCUAAAGAAGUGGGGUGUGGAGGACGUCAUGCUGAUGGGCGACUUCAAUGCCGGCUGCAGCUACGUGACCCCCUCACAGUGGGCGUCCAUCCGCCUGCGGACAGACCCGGCCUUCCAGUGGCUGAUCCCCGACUCAGCCGACACCACGGUCUCCUCCACGCACUGCGCCUAUGACAGGAUCGUGAUCUCAGGGACCCUGCUCCAGCGCUCUGUCCUUCCCGACUCGGCCACUCCCUUCGACUUCCAAGCCUCGUACGGACUGAGCAACCAACUCGCAUCUGCCAUCAGCGACCACUACCCGGUGGAGGUGACACUGAGGAGAGUCUGAGAGUCUGAGGCUGCAGCUCCCCAGCCCUGCUUCAGCUCACCCCACAGCUCCCAACCCAGAGCACGGUAGGUGCAGCUGCUUUAAGACAGGAGACACAUCACCGGAGCACCCUCCUCCUCAGAAGCCGACAAAAGCUUCAUCACAUAGGUUAAGAAACAACUUUUAAUCUGGAUAAAUAAAGCUCAAGAAAAGGCAGUA